CUGGGACAGUCUCCGCCCGCCGCGCCGUUUGUUAGCGUAUUGAUAAAUGAGGUGCAGCAACGCAAAGGACAGUCACAUGACUGCGCCGUCACAUGACCAGCGGAGCCUGUUUACAGUGGAGCCGGUGUGUGAAGAUGAAGGUGCUGUUGUGGUUGUUCCUGGUGCCUCUGCUGGGCACUGAUGCAGCUCCAGUUGAUGAUGAGAUCACCUUCCUGCCUGGUCUACAGAAACAGCCCAGCUUCAGGCACUUCUCCGGAUACUUGAACGUGUCCAAUGGGAAACAUCUUCACUACUGGUUUGUGCAGUCCCAGAACAAGCCGUCCUCUGACCCGGUGGUUUUGUGGCUUAACGGUGGUCCCGGCUGCAGCUCAUUGGAUGGACUGCUGACUGAACAUGGCCCUUUCCUGAUCCAGGAUGAUGGGGUAACCCUGCAGUACAACCCUUACUCUUGGAACAAGAUUGCUAAUGUUUUGUACCUGGAGUCUCCAGCUGGCGUCGGCUUCUCGUACUCCGACGAUAAGAAUUACGUCACCAACGACACAGAGGUGUCGAUGAACAACUACCUGGCCCUGAAGGAGUUCUUCCGCCUGUUCCCGGAGUUCAGCAGCAACGAGCUCUUCCUGACUGGUGAAAGUUAUGGAGGAAUCUACAUCCCAACGCUCGCUGAGAGGGUGAUGGAGGACGCCAGCAUGAACCUGCAGGGUAUUGCCGUGGGAAACGGGAUGUCGAGCUACGAGCUGAACGAUAACUCUCUGGUGUUCUUCGCCUACUAUCACGGCCUGCUGGGGACUCGGCUCUGGACACAGCUGCAGAUGUUCUGCUGCAAAGAUGGGAAGUGCAACUUCUACAAUAACCAGAACCAAAACUGCUCUGACAGCCUGUUGGAGGUCCAGACCAUUGUCUACAAUUCAGGACUAAACAUGUACAACCUGUAUGCUUCCUGUCCAGGUGGAGUCCCUCACAGAUUAAGUGUGGAGAGUGGCCAGCUGGUGAUCAGAGAUUUGGGAAACACCUUCAUCCACCACCAGUGGAACCGGCAGUGGAGCCAGAAGCUACAAAACCUGGCAGCACUGCACCUGUCUGUCCGUUUGGACCCGCCUUGCACCAACUCCACCCCCUCAUACCUCUACUUGAACAACAUCUAUGUCAAGCGUGCUCUGCACAUAAGUCCUAAUGCUCUGGACUGGGUCAUUUGCAGCGCUGAGGUGAACUUGAACUAUGGCCGGCUCUACAUGGAUGUCAGCAAACAGUACCUGAAGCUGCUGUCAGCUCUGAAGUACCGGGUGCUGGUCUAUAACGGGGACGUGGACAUGGCCUGUAACUUCAUGGGAGAUGAGUGGUUCAUUGAAUCUCUGAAUCAGCAGGUGGAGGUUCAGCGGCGUCCCUGGCUCUAUCAAGACAUAGACGGUGAGCAGGUUGGAGGCUUCGUCAAAGAGUUUGACAACAUCGCCUUCCUCACUGUGAAGGGUUCUGGUCACAUGGUUCCAUCAGAUAAACCAGUUGCUGCUUUCAGCAUGUUUACCAGGUUCAUCAAGAAACAGCCAUUCUGACCUAAUCUCUGUUUGGACUUUCUCAGCCUCCAUACUUUCUAGUUGUUUCAUUCAGGCUUAUUUCACUGCCAGCCAAUCAGAACAGGUCUUCUGGGAACACUUUAAGACAAGGGUCCCUUUAUUAACGUUACCUAUUGCAUUAUUAAGCAUUAAUAAACAAAGGAUCCCUUUAAUUAACUUUCUCGAUAUUGUGGUCUUAAGGUUAGGAUGGGGGUGGGGAGGCUGCUUUGUAAUUGUUACUCCAUCCAUUUUCAUCCGCUUAUCCGGAGUCGGGUCACAGGGGCAGUAGCCUAAGUCGAGAGGCUGGGACUUCCCUCUCAUUCCCUCUCUGUUAAUUAUUACUUAAUAACAUUAAUAAUUAACAGUUGUUAAUAACUGAAUAGUUUAUUAAUGCUUAAUAAUGCACUAGGUAGCAUUAAUAAGGACCCGUUUUGUGAAGUGUUAUUGCUCUUUCUGUUGUAAAUUUACUGUAAAAACUUUUUUACUGUUUUUAAAUCAUAUUUCUUCUCACAGUGUGCACCAGGUUGCCAUGGUGACAGGUUUCCAUCAUGUAAAGAAGCACGCAAUGUUGAUUUCUCUUUUCACAUUGAAUGUUGCUUUAAAGGGAAAACACAAAAUAAAAUCUUAGCUUAACAAGCGA